AUGGCGCCGGCGCGGGUGGAUGCCGAGAAGGACGCUCAGCACGAGCUGGAGAUGAAGGUGGCCAAGUAUUCGCGGGGGCAGGGUGCUGACUUGAAGGCGCUGGGGGACAAGAAGUUGAAAGGGCAGCUCAGUGUAAAAGAGAAGCUAUAUGGCCAAUCUGCAAAAGCUGCUGCAAAGGCCGAAAAGUGGCUUAUGCCAAAUGAUGGAGGUAUUUUAGAGCCUGAUCAUUUGGAGAAGACAUAUAGAUUUUCACAAAGGGAUAUAUUGACGGAGGUGGAUCUUUUGAGUUCAAGAAAACCAUUUGAUAUGAUCUUACCUGUGCUCGGUCCUUAUAAUAUAGGAUACACAUCAAAUGGCCGCUACAUGCUAGUAGGCGGACGAAAAGGCCAUCUUGCAAUGAUGGAUAUGUUGCAUAUGGAUCUUAUCAAGGAGUUUGAGGUGAGGGAAACUGUUCGCGAUGUGACAUUCUUACACAAUGAGCAGUUGUAUGCAGUCGCUCAAAAAAAGUACCCCUACAUAUAUAAUCAACAUGGUACAGAAAUUCAUUGUCUGAAGGAACAUGGAAAAGCAUUGAAACUCCAAUUUCUGUCUAAACAAUUCCUCUUGGCAUCGAUAAACAGCUUUGGGCAGCUCCACUACCAAGAUGUGAGCACUGGUGAAAUGGUUGCAAAUUACAGGACCGGUCUGGGCCGUACCGAUGUUAUGCGGGCCAAUCCUUACAAUGCUGUCAUUGGUCUUGGGCAUGCUGGUGGCAAAGUUACCAUGUGGAAACCAACCAGUGUGAAACCCCUUGUUACUAUGCUGUGCCAUCAUGGCCCAGUGACUGCUGUUGCAUUUGACAGGGGCGGCCAUCUUAUGGCAACAGCAGGUGUUGACAGGAAGAUAAAGAUCUGGGACCUGAGGAAGUAUGAGGUUGUGCACUCUUACCCACAGCGUGCUCAGUCCUUGGAUUUUAGCCAGAAGGGGCUGUUGGCCUGCAGCAAUGGAUCUCAGGUAGAGAUAUACAGGGAUUUUGGUGGGCAUGAUUAUAAGCUUUACAUGAAGCACAAAAUAAUGAAGGGCUAUCAGGUUGGGAAGGUUUUGUUCCGCCCCUACGAAGAUAUUCUGGGGAUUGGGCACUCGAUGGGCUUUUCUUCCAUCCUUGUUCCAGGAUCCGGUGAGUCGAACUUUGAUACCUUUGUUGACAACCCCAUGGAAACUACCAAGCAGAAACGUGAGAAGGAGGUGCAUGCUCUCCUUGAUAAACUCCCGCCGGAGACUAUCAUGCUCAACCCAAACAUGAUAGCCACUGUAAGUGCUCCAAAGAAGAAAGAGAAGAAGACCAAGAAAGUGAUUGAGGAAGAGAUGGAAGAUGCCAUUGAGGCUGCCAAGAACAUUGAGCGCAAGAAGAAGACCAAGGGUAGGAGCAAACCCAGCAAGCGGGCCAAGAAGAAAGCGGAAGAUGUUUUCAAAGCCAAGAGGCCCUUCCUGGAGCAAUCCGAGGAGAUCAAUGGACGUCCUGACAAGAAGCAGCGGAUAGGCGAAGAGGUCGAACUCCCAAAAGCCUUGCAGCGGUUUGCCAAGAAACCACAAUCAUGA